AUGGAGACGCACCGACCCCCUCCACGAAAACACUCCAUCUCCUUCUGGCUCGUCUUCCUAUCGCUCCGCCUCCUCUCCUUUGUGUCCGCAUUAGAUGGCGCAAUCAUCAGCACCGCCCUCCCCAAAGUAACCGCCUCUCUCGGCGGCGAAACCGACUAUAUCUGGAUAGCCAACAGCUUCACCAUCGCCCAAACAAUCGUACAACCCUUUCUCGCCCAACUCUGCGACAUCUACGGCCGACGCAACCCCAUCCUAAUCUCAGUGGCCCUAUUCCUCCUGGGCAGCGGCCUAGCGGGCGGCGCCUCCACAGUGGGCCAGUUGAUCGGCGGUCGCACGGUCCAAGGGCUCGGCUCAGGCGGCAUCUACAUCCUCGUGGACCUAAUUGUAUGCGAUCUGGUCCCCCAGCGCGAACGCGGCCAAUACCUAGGCAUCGUGCUCUCCCUCGCAGCCGUCGGCGCCGUCCUAGGCCCCGUUCUCGGCGGCGCCCUCGCCCAAGCCAACUGGCGCUGGGUCUUCUACCUCAACCUGCCCCUCGCCGGGCCCGUACUUCUGUUCAUGCUGUUCUUCCUGCGCCUCGACGCCCCUCAAUCCUCUUCCUCCAAUACAUCCCCCUCCAUCCACCGCAUCGACUGGCCCGGCAACAUCCUCUUCGCCGGGUCCAUCCUCUCCCAACUCCUCGCCCUCGUCGGCGGCGGCACCCUCCACCCCUGGACCUCCCCCUCGACCCUUGUCCCCCUAAUCAUCGGCAUCAUUGGCUGGAUGCUCUUCCACAUCUACGAAGCCCUCCCACCAAAAUACUGUCCCCAUCCCUGCAUACCUCCCCACCUCUUCUCCACCCGCAACAGCCUCCUCGGCUUCAUCCUCGCCUUCGACGCCGCCCUCCUCAUGCAAUGGACCCUCUACUUCCUCCCUAUCUACUUCCAGGGCGUGCAGCGCAAGUCCCCACUAACAUCAGGAAUUGACCUCCUCCCCUACAGCGCCUUUCUGAUCCCCUUCGCCAUGGUCGCCGGCGCAAUCAUGUCCCGCACGGGACUGUGCCGCCCACUACACUUCACAGGCUUCGCAGCCCUCUCUCUCGCCCUGGGCCUCUUUACCCUACUCUCAGCUAACUCCCCCCGCGCCGCAUGGGUCUGUGUCCAGCUCCCCGCCGCACUAGGCCAGGGCUUCCUAGCUACUACUAUCCUCCCUGCUAUUCAGUCGUCCCUGGGUCCUGCCGAUACGGCGAGUUCUACGGGCGUGUAUGCGUUCCUGCGGUCGUUAGCAUUUGUGUGGGGAUCUACGGCUCCGGGGAUUGUGUUUAAUGCGAGGGUGGAUGUGUACGCGGGGAGAGUUAUUGAUGAUGAGACGCUGAGGGAGAGGUUGCUGGAUGGGAGGGCGUAUGGUGCGGCAGCGGAGUUUGCUGGGGAUUGGGGAGCGGGGAUGGAUACGGUGCAGAGAGAGCAGGUGAGGGAGGUGUAUCGGUUGGCGUUGAGGACAGUGUGGCUUGUGGGGUUGGCGUUUGCG